GCGGCCGGAGCGGCUGAGGGAGCGCGAGCGGCGCGGGGGGGCCCUGUCGGCGACAGCGACGACAGCGGCGACAGCAGCGGCGGCGGCAGCGACAGCGGCGGCUCCCAGCGCCUCGCGGCCAGGCGUUACUCCGUUCCGCUCGGCGCCGGGCGGCCCCGGCCCGCGGCGGCGGCGGCGCUGACAGCCCGCCCGGAGCCCCGGGGGCGGCCGCGGCCACCAUGUCGUCCCCCAGCCCGGGCAAGAGGCGGAUGGACACCGACGUGGUCAAGCUGAUCGAGAGCAAACACGAAGUCACAAUCUUAGGAGGACUCAACGAAUUUGUUGUGAAGUUUUAUGGACCACAAGGAACACCCUAUGAAGGUGGAGUGUGGAAAGUUCGAGUCGACCUUCCUGACAAAUACCCCUUCAAGUCCCCGUCUAUAGGAUUCAUGAAUAAAAUCUUCCAUCCCAACAUUGACGAAGCGUCAGGAACUGUCUGUCUAGAUGUAAUCAAUCAAACCUGGACAGCUCUCUACGAUCUCACCAAUAUUUUCGAGUCGUUCCUGCCCCAGCUGCUGGCCUAUCCCAACCCCAUCGAUCCUCUCAAUGGGGACGCUGCAGCCAUGUACCUCCACCGACCAGAGGAGUACAAACAGAAAAUUAAAGAAUACAUCCAGAAAUAUGCAACAGAAGAAGCACUAAAGGAGCAGGAAGAGGGCACCGGGGACAGCUCCUCCGAGAGCUCCAUGUCCGACUUCUCCGAAGACGAAGCUCAGGACAUGGAGUUGUAGUACAGGAGGCGCCUGCUUUUCAGAGAGACUCUAAUUUCCUAACCAUGAGAAGCAGACUAUAAUAUUCAUAUUUAAACAAAGCAAUUUUUUUUAUUACUAAACAAGGUUUUUAUGAAUUCUAGCAUUGAGCUAUAUAUAUAUAUAUUUAUAUAUAUAUGUGUGUGUUUAUAUAUAAAUAUAUAUAUAUCACCCUUUAGGUCUUGAUUUUCUCGGUCAUGUCCCGGUUCCCGAGGUGCGUUAGAGCAUUCCCAACAUUCCGUUCUGGUAGCAAUAUGCAGGAUGCAUGCCUUGAGAUUUUCCAUUUGGCCAAGUCAGCUUUGGUGUGCUGCCAACCAGCUGUGCUGGGAGGGAGGGAGUCAGCAAAAAAACCCCCAAAAUCCAAACAAAAGGUAGGGAAAAAGAGAAGGAUUUGGUGUCAGCUCGAGGUUUCCACCUCAGAUGUUGAUGAUUCCACCU